AGGCAAGACAACGGACUGACAAGGCUAACAAGACUCGAAGUAGAAAUGAACGAUUCGCGGUCGGCCAUAAUGCAUUGUGUCCGGUAGCGGGAGACACCGUCUGUCUGUCCGUUAUUAUAGUCCGUAAAGCGAAUUCCGUACGAAGUGUUGAUCGUCAUGGCGUAAGAUUGGCGCGACUUGGCUUAACGUCAAGGAACGCCUAAUACGUUAUCGCGAGGAACAACGCUAGACUUGUAUGUAUGCACAUACAUUACUGUUGGUGUAGAACAAGGCGCAGACGCCAGUUAUUGAUCGUCGCGAAGAGACUCGCUUUUGCUCGCUCGAGUCAUGCAUCGACAAUCCGCUUGUAACGGGAGGGUCGACCGAACCCGUCUCGUCUGGUGGCAGUGGCAGUGGCAGUGGCAGUGACGAACUUAACGUGCAGAUCCUUCAUUAAACUUGUUACAAUCCUUGUGUUCGAUUUAUUAUACGUCGCGUCAAUGUCGACUGGGUCUUAAGCCGCUCGACUAUUAUUCACUGCGUGACGGCCGCCUGUACCCGUCGCCUGGGAAGCCAUCGUUUGUUUUGUCUACGAGUCUUGUGAAACUCAAGUCUCGAAGGACACAAUUUUACGAUCGUGGUAGGACCCUGGGCGCGGGCCAGGCGGCCCCAUCCGUUCUUUGCGACGGAACGCAGUUGACUUAAAGGUCGAUUUUUUUUUUUACGUAUUAUCUAUCCGUAACCAUGAGUCUUAUUACUUCUACGAUUGGUACCGGUGUUCGGUGCCUUGUCGACGAGGAAGCUGAUCACAACAUGCUUCAGGAUCUUCAAUUGGCUGCUGAACUUGGCAAGACUUUGCUGGAACGCAACAAAGAAUUGGAAAACAAUGUGAAACACCAUCAAUCCACCAUUGAGGAGCAAGCUCAAGAAAUAGAGUAUAUGAAAAAGCAAACUGCUGCCCUGAGGGAAGUAAACGAUUCUCGAUUAAAGAUUUACGAGCAGUUGGAAGUCAGUAUCCAGGACUUGGAGCGUGCGAAUCAUCGGUUAGCCCUCGAAAACAGUGGCGACAAGAAGCUCAUAAAAAGUCAGUGCUUAACCAUCGAAAAUCUUGAGGCACGAUGCGAGGAUCUUCAAAAGAAAUUCGACGAGCUCACAGUCCGGUACGAGGCUUUCCUUCGUCAGCAUAAUUCAAGUCAGUCCCGAAAUACCGCGCAAUCUCAGACCACAGAUGUUUGGAAAGGAUCGGCCCCGCAAGAUGGCAGCAUAAAAAAGGAGGCUGCCUCGUGUCCGGUCAGUCCUUCCUCGACGAGUACAGUGGACUCGAAUGUCCGGGAAUUGGCGAGCACCCUGGCGAAGGACGAAGAGGUUACGGAUCUCCUGAGGCAGUUGCAGGACGCCAAAGGUCAAAGGGCACGUGAACAGAAACGAGCUGCUGAACUUCGCGAGCAACUAACGUCUCUUGUCCAGGAAAAUAAUUCCCUCGAGGAGCAGCUCAAUGCUUGGAGAAACAAGGCGCAGGAUAUGAAGAAUCUUCAGGAAGAGAUCAAUGCUUUGGAGGAAGUGAGACAAGGCCAUCUUUGCGGACGCUGCUUGCGUAGCGUCGACACCAGGACGCACGACGAGCUCUCAGUUAUGCUAGAUCACGAGGAGGACGACGAUAUCAGCACAGCGGAAUCUUUUGUAAACGACAGUCAUCGGGAAACCGAAUCGUUAAUUCAGGAUACGAGUCUCAAGACCAACGGCGAGAACGAGGCGGACGAUAACCCGUACAGAGUUCUGGUAGAAAAAUACGAGGCCCUGCUCGAGGUGCAGAGACAUCCAACGUCGCGACCAAAGACCAGCGUCCCAACGCCAUGCAUGUCCCUCCAGGAGGAGCUCGAGAUGUCCGGAGAGUUCAACUUCCACAGUGUUCAAUCGGAGGCUGGCAGUCACCACGAGAACGGAAAGAUUAAUAACGGAACAGGUGCCCGACGAGGAAAACCUGGUCAAGGAAAGAAACCAUUUUCAGCGACGCCAACAGACUUCUCCGAGGCAGAAACAUCCUCUUCAGGUUUCUCGGACGAGACCAGCAACAAGGCUACUCAGACCGACGGUCGACCUGGGUCCUUCCUCUGCUCCAUAGCCGACGGCGAGGACUGCAAGUUCAGCAUUUACGACGACGCCAGUCCCAUAGAGAGUCGCUUCCGGAAGACACCAGAGUAUAGACAGCUCUUCCGGGAGAUAUUCAUCGUGCUGAAACGCGCUGCUGAGGCUAAGGACGAGGGCGAGAAGCUUCCUCUGUUGGAUGAUUCGACGAACUCAGUACCCAGGGUACCACCGGUGACACCUGCCCAAGAGGAAGCCCCCAGCGAAAUAACAACGGACGACAAUCAAAGCGUCAUGUCAUCCAUUGUCUCAUCCAUAGUAUCAGAACCACCUUACAGAGCUUGCACCCCGGUAUUCGACCAGAAGAAGGAAGACGAUAUCGUCAAGAAGGAGAAUAUCAGUAUCCGGGACAAGUCUACGGAAAGUAACACCCCAAGGAUUCCAGCAGGUCCAAGACGUCAACAACUGGAAUAUCUAUCAGUGAAUGUAAACGUGCGCAAGAAGUCUUCCGCCAAGAAGAAUCCCGCCAGGAAGCUGACGUACAACGACAGACCAAUCACACCGGACAUCGUACCCACGACCAAUCCUCGUAUGAUGCAUGGAAAGUCGAACAGCGCUGGUAAACGGAAAUUCAGACCUUUGACCAAUGCAGAGCAACUAGAGACCAACGGCGUCUGGAAUGGCAACACGAUACAUUAUUAUUCCAGUAAAACGAGAGAUUCCCCCGUGAGCUCACGUAAACAAAGUGGCACCGGUUACAAUCGUCAAAUUAGCGAGCAGCACAAUUCCAGUUAUGAGUACAAGCCAAGUGCGGCUUCCGAGGGUGUCGCCAGACUCAAGCGACUCGAUAUGUCGUACGCGGAAGUACUUCGCAUGUCAAACAAGCCCAAAUCGACUAGCCGUAGAAAUUAAGUCUCCUUACCGUUACUUUUACUUUUCACCCUUCUUAUCACGUUCGCUCACCCUCCCUUCUUAUCCCCUCGUAUUCCCUGCUCCCAUUUCCCAAUCUACCUUAAUUAAUACCAUGGUCGAUAGAUGAUAAUUUUGUACGUAAAUCAAGCGCGACUCGUUGCGUAACCAAAUGAGACAACCAGCGCGCGUAGUUAAUGGCAGGUUUAAAUUAUUUUGUGAGCGUGUAAGAAGGAUAUGUCAGUAUUCUAAAAGACUCUACCAUUUAAUGAGUCGUAUCCCUCCCGUUAACUCUUCGCUCCGACCUAAAUAUAUGUCCACUCAAUCAUCCCUUUUAAUCCAUUUGUAAAUAUACGCGAAUCACGUUUACGCGAGAUAGAUUCCGCGUGCGUUCGCAUCUUUUCGAAUCUUCAUUUUUUCUCUAGCUAUAUAUACAUAUAUUUUAUAUCGUAUCGUAUUGCAUCUGAUAAUUCGUUAUCAUUUAGCGUUGUUUUUUCUUUUCUUUGUGUUUCUAUCCUUCCUUUCGCGAGGUGUGCUUUUUCACGGAAGCGACGUAGGUAUAUGUAUGUAUGCGCGACUCAACUCGAAACGUGUCGAUAAAGUUCGACGUUUCCGUUAUAUAUUUUUUAUUCCUUAUUUUCCUUUUCUCGAUCUGUUCUUCGUAGUUCGUGAGAUCAUUUCGCGAUAGACCAAGAUUUUGUUUUUGGUAACAAAGGGCUUUGCUCUCAAAAACGAAGAAAAAAGCAAAAAGGGGACGAAAAUAAAAGCGAGUAUUUAUGUGCCAUUUACUACAUCAAAUUACAAUUGUCGUAAUAAACUUCUUGCUCUGAUUGAAGCUCCUGAUUAUUAAUAAUAACGGAUAUAUAUGUAUACCUAAAAAUGGUGCGCCACAGCGAUGUCCGCGACGGUGUGAUAGCUUUUGUAUUCUACAGAUACGGAUGCUACAUCGUUGUGGUCAUCUUGUACAAGUGAAUAAACCCCUUUAUCAUUAU